AUGAUGUUCUCAUCAUUAAUCCUGUGUGUUAUUGCCCAUCUCUGGUUGUUGCUAGGCGGCUUGACUAGCCCUGUUAGUGCGAUCCCUAUGUUCCAGGAGGAACCCCUUACUGAAGCAUCGGAAUAUUGGGUGAGCUCUAUCUUACGCCAAGGUGCCCCUGCUUUUGGACAGUCCAAGGAAUCCUACAAAGUCUAUCGAAAAGUGACAGACUUUGGCGCAAUGGGUGAUGGUGUGACGGAUGAUACUGAGGCGAUCAACAGGGCAAUAUCAACCGGAGACCGUUGUGGAUUGGGUUGUGACUCCUCAACUGUCACUCCAGCCAUUGUGUACUUCCCUCCUGGCACAUAUGUCGUAUCCAAGCCAAUUAUCCAGUACUAUUACACCCAGCUGGUUGGAGACGCUUUAGCUCUUCCCGUCAUCAAAGCUGCCGCUUCAUUUCAGGGAAUUGCUCUUAUCGAUGCUGAUCCGUACACCGAUACUGGGGCCAAUUGGUAUACGAACCAAAACAACUUCUUCCGGUCCAUUAAAAAUUUCGUUAUCGAUAUGACAGGUAUGGAUCGGGGAUCCGGCGCUGGUAUCCACUGGCAAGUGGCUCAAGCUAGCAGCCUGCAAAACAUCCGCUUCGAGAUGGUCCAAGGCGGUGGUGAGGCCAAUAAGCAGCAGGGUAUCUUUAUGGAUAACGGCUCCGGUGGUUUCAUGACUGAUCUUGUCUUCAACGGUGGUAACUAUGGUGCCUUUUUGGGUAAUCAGCAGUUUACCACGCGAAACCUCACUUUUAAUAAUUGCAACACAGCGGUGUUUAUGAAUUGGAACUGGGCAUGGGCAUUUAAAUCGAUCAGCGUCAACAACUGCGGUGUGGGUCUGAACAUGUCAAAUGGUGGUUUCAACCAGACCGUUGGCUCUGUGUUGAUCCUUGACAGCAAAUUCAAAGGCACGCCCAAAGCUGUGGUCACCUCUUUUAACGAAGACAGUGUUCCUGAAACUGGAGGAACUCUAGUCAUCGACAAUGUCGAUUUCACAGGUUCUGAGAUUGCGGUUGCCCAUAUUAAUGGCUCAGUUGUCUUGGAAGGAGGCUCAGUCGUGGCUUCAUGGGUCCAGGGAAAUGCAUAUAGCCCUGGAGCAAGCUCUCCCCAGACGAAAGCAUCGAAGAGAGCUCCUCAUCUUCAGCCCCAUGGACUAUCUCCACCAAUUCAUAAGCGCCAUGUUGCUAGAGAUUCUUGCAAAGCCCCUGUGCCUCCCGCACCCCGGCCAGCUCCGAAUUCUCCAAAACCCAACCCGGCACCCUCACCACCGCCAGUAUCCACCUAUAACACCCCAACACAAACGGAGACACCAGUCACAGAGUCGAGGUCAGCAAUCGCAACUCCAUCUUCAGUCUCACCUACGGAGCCCCCAUCGCCAACUCCCUCACCGACGAAGAGCGCUCCAUCAGAUUGCCAACAAUCGGCCCCCACGAAGACACGAAUCAGUGAGGUUCUUAGCAACCCUACCAAGCCUGCAGUCCUCCUUGAUUUAUCUGGCAAAGUAUUCGAGCGGUCAAAGCCAGGGUACGAGAAUGUUCCCACAACGUCUUUCAUAAGUGUUAAGAAGGCUGGAGCCAAGGGAGACGGAAAAACAGACGACACGAAAGCAAUCCAGGCAGUUUUGGAUAACGCGAAGCCAGAUCAGAUCGUGUAUUUCGACCAUGGAGCGUAUGUCAUUACCUCUACACUCAAAGUACCUAAGGAAAUCAAGAUAACGGGUGAAGUAUGGCCACUUCUCAUGGCCUCAGGCCCCGCCUUUUCUGACGAGACAAAACCCAUCCCAUUCCUCCAAGUCGGCCAUCCAGGUGAUAAAGGCACAGUUGAAAUCAGCGAUUUGAUGAUAGAGACUAAAGGGCCCGCCCCCGGUGCCAUCUUGAUGGAGUGGAAUGUUGCUGAAGCGUUCCAAGGUUCAGUGGGAAUGUGGGAUGUGCAUUUUAGAGUUGGUGGCACCGCUGGUACCGAGCUCCAGAGCGACAGUUGUGCCAAGACUCCAAAUAGCACCACCACACCCGAUCCCAAAUGCCUAGGUGCCUUCCUGCUUCUCCACCUCACGAAGCAGGCAUCCGGCUACUUCGAAAAUACCUGGUUCUGGGUUUCGGACCAUGAACUCGAUCUAUCUGAUCAUGGACAAAUUAACAUUUACAACGGCCGUGGCGUGCUGAUUGAGAGUUCUGGUCCUGUUUGGAUGUAUGGUACUGCCAGCGAACACUCGCAACUCUAUCAAUAUUCAAUAGUCGGCGCCAAAAACGUGUACAUGGCCCUGAUUCAGGUGGAGACGCCAUAUUUCCAAGCCAACCCCAAUGCACUAGUCCCCUUCAAACCCAAUUCGAAAUUCAACGACCCAGAUUUCUCCAAGUGCACAACUGAAUCGUGCAAGAAGGCGUGGGGCCUUCGCAUCCUCCAGUCUAGCGACAUCUACCUCUAUGGUGGCGGCCUAUACAGUUUCUUCGAUAAUUACAAACAGGAAUGUCUCGCUACAGAGUCCUGUCAAGAAAAUAUGAUUGAGGUAGACUGUUCGGCUGUCCAUUUGUACGGGGUCAGUACGAAGGCGAGCACGAAUAUGAUUACGAGUGCAGAAGAUGGAAAGGCGCUGGUGAAGCAGAUUGAGAAUCGAAAUAAUUUUUGCUCAACGCUGGCUAUUUUCCAGCAGGCUGCUGAGUAA